AUGCCCAAACUUCAAAUGUCAACAUUGGUGAUGCAUCAUCGCCAGCUUCUGACAUCCCAAUUUCUGAAAAUUCUUCUAAAAGACUUCGGAGAGUUGAUGGCAAUGAAUUUAAUAUUAGUUCAUUGGAGUUUGAUCCUGGAUUGCGUCGUCAGAUAUGGGAAUAUGAUGUUAAUCACUGAGAUGAAAUUCGAAGAGCUUACAUUAAUGCUGCCAUCUGGGCAUUUUACACAACGUGUAUUCACUAUAGAUGGAUUCAGGAAUUGGAAGAAAGUUAGAAAUGGAAAAGAUUGUGCUUUUCUCAAUCAUAUAGGAAAAGAUCCAACUUCAUUUCACAGAGUUGCUGAGAAGUCAUAUGAAGAUUUGAAGAAUCAAUCUCAACAUAUACAGAAUGUGUUUGAAAAGCUCACUUCUGAACAAAUUGCAAACAAUCAACUGCAGUUGAAAUCCUCAAUUGAUGUUGUUCGAGUGCUUGCAUUUCAAGGUGUUGCUUUUAGAGGUCGGGAUGAAAGUGUGAGUUCUACAAAUCGUGGAAAUUUUCUUGAGAUAUUGGGUUUCACGGUUUCAUAUAAUGAACAGCUUGCUGAAGUAAUCGCUAAAGCUCCCAAAAAUGCCACUUACACAUCACCAACGGUACAAAAACAAAUUGUACAUGUUUUUUCAACCAAAGUAAAAGAAGUUAUUCGUAAUGAAAUUGGUGAUGCAAAGUUUUGCGUAAUUGUUGAUGAAACUCGUGAUGAGUCAAUGAAGGAGCAAAUGGCUAUAGUUUUAAGAUUUGUUGAUAAGAAUAGUUUUGUGCGAAAACGCUUUUUUGGACUUGUUCAUGUUUCUGAUACUGUGGCAUUAACCUUAAAAAAAAGUCCAGCUUGUGAAGUUAUUGUUAAAAUCAUUGAUGUGGGAACUUCUUCUUCCCAACGAACAGAAGCUAAUUCAGUUCAUCAGUUGUUUUGCAAUAAACGCAACAUAGAUGUUCCAGAUAUGAAUGCCGGUUAUAUUGAGAGAAGAGGUCGAGCUUGCAAUCAACAAGUUGACUUUACAAUUGAGCAUCAUUAUCGUGUGGAUAUUUUUUGUGCUACAAUAGAUUCUCAAUUGCAAGAAUUAAAUCACCGAUUUAGUGAGCAUGCAGUAGAGUUGCAUAUUCUCGGCUCGGCACUUGAUCCUCGAGUUGCGCGUGAGUCUUUUAGAAUUGACGAUAUUUGUCAGUUGGUAAAUAAGUUUUAUCCGCAAGACUUUACCGAUCUUGAAAAAGAACAGUUGGAAAUAGAACUUCACCAUUAUGAGCAUAACAUAGUUCAAGAUUCAAGUUUCCAAGAAUUGUUAAAUAUUUCCGAAUUGUGUCAAUGGUUGGUUAGAACCGGAAAAUCAAUUAUCUACCAACUUGUUUUUCGAGUUGUUGUACUUCUGCUGACUCUUCCCGUUUCUACUGCAACUACAGAACGAGCAUUUUCAGCCAUGAAUAUCAUCAAAACUAGGCUUCGCAACAAAAUUGAAGAUGAGUUUCUGACGGAUUCUUUGAUGUUGUACAUCGAAAAAGAAAUUGCAGCGACACUUAGUCCAGAUUCAAUCAUAGAUGCUUUUCGGGAUAUGCAAACACGACGGGUUCCAUUUUGA